UUCAUACUAUAAAAUAAUGGCACGGAAUUAUAAGCAAAUCUUGUCUGCUAAAUUAACUAGUGUAGGCCACAGCCACAUCAGGUCCUAACAUAAAAGGACAACUCAGAGUAUGCUAUCCUUUUCUUCUGAAAUAGACAUUUUCUUCAUAUCAUGCAUCUUUAGGCCAGUCUAAUAUAAAUAAUGGAUUUAUUGUGGAGGUGUAGGCUAUAUUACAUGGAUUUAUUAGACUUUUUCAAAUGGCUUGUAUAUGAUAUGCUAAAUGUGUUUUAUGUUAAUUAACGGUCAAUUACCGUGAGACCAACAGUUACAGGCUUGACAAUCAUCGGCUGACAAAUUUUCGUGACCGCCACAGCCCUAGUACUGAUGAGGUUCAUAAUGACCUUAGAUGGCCACCCUGUAAUGUUAGCACAAUGGGCUUCCUCAUCUAUGAAAAUCACUCACCAGCCACCACACCCAGCGCUCAGCAUCACCACAAUCAUCCACCCGCACUAACCCUCUCUGCCCCUUUGUAAAUUCAACAAAUGCCCUCUUCUCCACUCUGUACUGGUGCUAUUUUUGUCCCAAUGCCCCUUUCCCACUUAAUAUUCUGUGUCCCUUUGGCGACACAUGAUAAAAGAAAGGAAACAACUUUUAUUAGUGCAUUAGUUGCCUGCUUGUUUUGAAAUUGUUUAUCUCGGUGCUUCCAAUUUCAGAGGGAAGAAAGAUCUCAAAGACCAGACUACCUGCUGAACUUUGCCACCAAGACAAAUACGUUGGACCAUGUUGACCAUCCUGGCUGCCGGGUCUGUCUUCUUCCCAGGCCUGUUCGUGCUCUCCAAGCAAUGCCUCAAGCACAUCCCUGCACUGAGGUGGAGCGAAGGGGAUGCGGUCAUAGUGUCAGCCAGGUUGGUGUCCUCUGUUCAGGCGAUCAUGGCCUCCUCUGCUGGUUACAUCAUUGCCUCCUCCUGUGAUGACAUCAUUGAGGAUCAGCAUUGGCUCACCAGCGCCUACAUCCUCUUUGCCGUGCCCUACUUUGUGUACGACAUCUACGCCAUGUUCAUGUGCUACUGGUACAAGCUGCGCAUCAAGGGUCAUGAAGCGGACAGCGGCGCCAAACCCCUGGGUGCGGCCCUGACCAGCUACCUGCGGCGCGAGUUCCUCAUGGUACUCCACCACGUCGUCAUGGUCACCGUGUGCUUCCCCGUCUCUGUGUUCUGGCGACAGGGCAAGGGGGAUUACUUCCAAGGCGUCAUGUUCUUGGCAGAAGUCAGCACUCCGUGGGUCUGUCUGGGAAAAAUCCUCAUCCAGUACAAACAGCAACACACUCUCCUGCACAAAGUGAAUGGGGCUACUAUGCUGGUCACUUUUUUCAUCUGUCGAGUCCUCCUCUUCCCUUACCUCUACUACGCGUAUGGCAGGUAUGCGUCCAUUCCCCUCCACAUGGUUCCUUUCAACGUGCCCUGGCAAGUUAACCUGGGCGCAGCUAUGCUCAUGGCCCCCCAGGUCUACUGGUUCUCCCUCAUUUGCCGAGGGGCCCUGCGACUCUUCACUGGCUCUUCCCGCUCCCGGAGGCCCCCGGUCACCGCCAAGGAUGACUUGGCGCCGUCCCAGCCCGCCAAUGGGUACAGCACUCAUGCCACAGAGCAAAAGUCAGACUCUCACUGAGAAGAGGGUGAGCGGUAAGGAAGGAGUUGGGGAUAAUGUACCGAUGGGUGAGGUUGAAAGGGAACGAAAGGUAGUGAGACUUUGAACAAGCAUGAGUUUCGAAAUGCUUCAAAUGGUACGGUCUUUGUUGCCAGAAUCUAUACUCAAUACCGAUAUUCUGCUUGUGCGAAUAAAGGCGAGCGUUUGCACAUUGAACAGCACACAACAAAGGCAUCAGAAGCUAUUGUUCCCCCUGAUGCACGUUGAGAAUGGAGAGAGAUUAGCCUGAAAGAAGUAUAGCGAGUGAGAAGUGGAGAGCGUCCUCAUGUAGAUCAAAUGAAAUCCUGUCUGCCGAGGAGGUAAGUUAGGAAUGUAUUAUACUGGUAUGUUUAGUACAUUGCUGUAGAUAGAAAGGCCUAAUUCGGCUUAGUAACAAGAAACGACCUCUCCAAGCAGUAUUUUGACUUGUUAGUAUUUAUCUGUAUCCUCUGUACACUCUUAACAAAUGUGACCAGGGUGGAAGGGAGGUAACCUCAUAAGACUAUUAUGCUGCCUUAUCUCAAUUGUUUGUGUGUGUACUACAUUUUAUUUAUUUUAAUGUGGAAUAUUUAAUUUUCCCUUGGACUGAAAAUGUGACAAGUGUUCUUAGCUUCACGUUGAUUUGGAUUGUAGUUCUGUGUCUGAUUUCCCAUCCUGUUUUUAUUUUUUUUAAUCCAUUUUGAUCUCCAGUAGUUCAGGUAGCAAAUGCAUGAAUCAUUUCACCUGUUGGCAGUUAAACUCUGCCGCCUUGCAACAGCGUUAUUUUAUUCAGUAUAGAGAAUGUAAUUUUGAGGAACAAAAUAAAUGGCCAAUUUUGUGGGCCUUUGGGUUUCUAUGCCCUACGUGGGUCCUUAACUUUUGAGUGAGUGGUAUUGAAGCAUAUUAGGUAAAUGAGUUAGUGCCAGUGCAACAACAAAAAAAGCAGCCCUAUUUAUUCCACAUACUGUCAUUCAUUGGCUGACGUUACACAAGAAUAUUUAAUAAAAAAAUUUAAAACAUAUUUUAUUACCACUGCUGUAAUUAGUGAAUUGCAUAAAUCGACCAGAAUAGAAUCAAUACACUGUCUUGGUAGCAUUUAGCAUAGGUUGACCUUUCUAAAGCUCUUGAAACUGCUUUAGGAGUCUGUUUCCACUUCUUCAGUUUCUUAUUUGUACUGAGCAAAUUUAAUUGAGCCACUGGUUUCAGGAGCCCUAUUCACUCAGAAAACAUAAAAUACUAGGAAAACAAACGUGGUCCAGUAACCUUGGAUGCAAGAAAGAAGAUGGGACAAUAACGUCUAGACGGCGAUAAACUAUUUCUAUGUGGUUCUUGCCAUUGGGGGAAAAAUGCAUUUCAACUGAUUUACUGUAUAUGCUUAUUUUAUUUAUUUGUGGUUUUGAAUUGAAUACGUAUUAAUGUACCGUAUAAACUUCUGAGCCUUAUGUGAAGGCUAUAUUGUUAACUCAUAGCUAAAAUAUACUCCUCUGUUCUGAA